AUGAACCACGAAAACGAUCAUACAAAUGAAGAAUGUGAACAUGUUUUGGCUCAAUUAUGUUAUCUACGAGAACGAUACCCAAUAAAAUGUUCUAAUAAUUUUGAAGAAUGUUUAUUGAUAAAAAAUCGUAUAUCUAUGACACCAUUACAUUCACCAAUCAGGAAAACAACUCGAUGUGCAUCGUUAGCAGAACAACAUGCGAUGCUAUUAGAAAAGAUCCCCCCGACACAUAAAGAGAAUAAAAAAAUAAUAAAUGCAAAAGCAUUAAAUUUGAAAAUUGACAAUUUAAUAGUAUUAAUGAACCAAAUGAAAACUUUAAAACCAAAAUGA